AUGACUGCACAUGUUGGUGACUUUGAUUUAGCACGAUUUCUUCUUAACAGUAGCUCUGCACAUCAAACAAGUCGUUCUAUUGGACUAAGAGGAUCCAUUGGCUAUGCUGCUGCCAGUGAACCGUCGAUACAUGGGGAAAUGUUGUUGGAAAUGUUUAUCGGAAAGAGACCCACUGAUGGGAUGUUUAAAGAGAGUUUAAACCUUCAUAACUAUGUUAAGAUGAAUUUGCCUGAAACAGUAGCUAAUGCCGCCGAUCCGAGACUUCUCCAAUAUGGAGGAGAGGGAGCGACGAGCAUAAACUAUCGACAUCCGGAUCACAGACAUGCUAGCAGUUACGAAAUUCAGGAGUGCUUGAUUUCACUAUUUGGAAUUGGACUCGCAUGUUCACAAGAAACUCCAAGUGAGCGGUUGGACACUAGUGACAUUCUAGCCAAGUUGCUUGUGGUAAGGAACAAAUUCAUGGAGACUGGUGGCAUACAUGAACAGAGAUCUAGAAUUGGCAUCCAAUCUUGA